AUGGAGGUACAUAGAAACGACACAACUCGCAUUGCACUGCAAGAUCCCCUUGUGCUGGUCGUAGCUCGUUGGGUAUUGGCUAUUAUUGGUAUCGUCGCAAAUUCCACUGUCAUAUUUGUGUUCAUCUACAACAGGACUUUCAAGAAAUCUCUAUCGCUGAAAUUACUUCUUCAUCAGACUGUGAUUGAUUUGAUUGGCUCUAUGAUGUUUUUGAUCUUCUACAACAUUGAGGUUCCUGAUGGCACUAGUGGAACCAUAUUUUGUAAACUGCAGUUUCUCUUCUUCUACAUGUCAGUAACAUCGACUUACAAUUUUGUUGUGCUUACAAUUGAACGCUAUAUAGCUGUCGUCCAUCCAAUAACAUAUCAUCAGAGGCUAUUGGGUGGGAAAAUUACAUACCUGUCACUCUUUAGCCCUCAUGUAUGCGGUUUACUUUUAUCAGGACUGAUACCUGUAAAUGCAGACGUAGAACCAGGCAUGAAAGAGUGUAAAAUUGAAGUGACCAACAAGGCUGCAACACUAUUAGUUAUUCCUCAGUCGCUGAUACCUCUUUGUAUUAUGAUUUUCAAAGGGGACUUCGCAAGAUCAUACAAGACAUACGCCAAGGAGAAACUCUAA